AUGGAGGUCUACGUGGAUGACAUGUUAGUCAAAAGCCUCCGGGCAGCCGAACACGUAACUCACCUCAACCAAACUUUCCAAAUACUUAGAAAAUAUAAGAUGAUGUUGAAUCCCCUCAAAUGCACCUGCGAAGUGGCAUCGGGUCAGUUCUUGGGAUAUAUUGUCAAUCAAAGGGGAAUUAAAGCAAAUCCAGUGAAAAUAAGGGCCUUGCUAGAUAUGAAGUCACCCCAGAAAUCAAAGGAGAAAUUCCAAUGGACUUCGAAAUGUGAAGAAGCCUUCCAGGCGCUGAAAAAGCCCCUCGAAGAGGCGCCCCUCUUGUCAAAAUCUCAUCUGGAUGAGUCACUACUGCUGUACUUAGCUAUUUCGAAUGUGGCGGUCAGCGCCGUCCUAGUUAGAAAAGAAGGUGAGCGCCAGUUGCCAGUGUACUACGCCAGCAAAGCACUUCUCCCAACUGAAACACACUACCCAGACAUGGAGAAACUGGCACUCACCCUUAUCACAACCUCAAGAAAACUGAGGCCAUACUUUCAAGCCCACUCAAUCGAAGCCAUUAAGGGCCAGGCCCUAGCAGAUUUUAUGGUUGAGUUUGCCAAAGCCUCAAAAAUGGAGACUGGCUCUGGGGCAGGGAUCAUCUUGGAAAGCCCGAAAGGCAACAAGCUAAACUGCACAGUAAGGUUUGGCUUCAAACCCUGGAACAACGCUGCUGAAUACGAGGCCCUUCUGGAGGGUCUUCGACUUGGUAAUGAGAUGCAGGUCAAAAGGCUCCUGGUGAGCAACGAUUCUCAACUUAUAGUAAAUCAGGUCAAUGGGAACUUCGUGGCCAAGGACAGUAGCAUGGUUGCAUACUUGAAGUUGUAUCUAGACCUAGUUCCUCAUUUUGAAAGGUUCGAACUGACUCAAGUCCCCUGCCUAGAAAAUACACAUGCAGACGCCCUUUUAAAACUAGCCAGCAGCAAGGAUUCAGAGCUGCUGAAGGUUGUCCCCAUUGAGCACUUAUCAAAGCCCUCCACAUCCAAAGGUGAAGAGGUACUACGGAUAGAAGGCACCCCAUUGUGGAUGAAGUCUAUCAUUGCCUAUCUGAAAGAUCAAUCCCUGCCUGCCUCUAGAAGCGAGGCGCGGAAGUUAAGAAGAAGGGCGACACGCUUCGUCCUGCAAGAAGAAAUUCUUUACAAGAGAGGCUUCGCCUCACCACUUCUUCGAUGCGUGAGAGGAGAAGAGGCCACAUAUAUACUUAGGGAAAUCCAUGAGGGAAUCUAUGGAAAUCACUCCGAAGAAACGGCUCUGGUACACAAGGUUCUCCGUCAGAGCUACUUCUGGUCGACCCUGAAAAGAGAUGCUUGCCAGUUUGUCCAAAAAUGUGACAAGUACCAACGCUUCUCAAACAUACAAAGACGGCCUGCUCAGAGCCUCUCCGUUGACGAACUCCCCCACAUCCUCUGGGCUAUCAGAACUUCUAGCCGAACUGCAACAGGUGAAACACCAUUUUCCAUGACCUACGGAGCCGAGGCCAUGAGCCCGAUCGAGGUUGGGGUCCCAUCACACUGUCGGAUACACUUCAGUGAGAUCAGCAAUGACGAGGCUCGAAUAAGCGAACUGCACCUCCUUGAGGAAAUGAGGAAUGCCUCCCAAUGGUCCGAUCCUCAAUUAUUAACUGGUUAUUGUUAUGAGGUGCUUAGUCUGAUAUUUGUCAUUCAUACAAGUAUAAACAGAUCCAAAAGGUAA